CCGCGACCACCUUUCCUUACGUUCUACGCCUCUCUCUUCACCUCUCUUUUAUUACCGUUUAGCAAUAUAGACCAUGGAUGAAGAGUAUGAUGCCAUUGUUCUCGGUACUGGCCUCACCGAGUGCAUCCUCUCAGGUCUGCUCUCCGUCGACGGCAAGAAAGUGCUCCACAUGGACCGGAACGACUACUAUGGCGGCGAGUCAGCAUCCCUCAACCUGACCCAACUUUAUCGCAAGUUCCGGCCAGACGCCACCGCACCCACCGACAUAGGACGUGACAGGGACUACGCGCUGGACCAGAUUCCCAAGUUCAUCUUCGCCUCUGGUGGGAUGACGGACCUGCUCGUGCACACGGAUGUGACUCGGUACCUCGAGUUCAAGCAGAUCUCGGGCUCGUACGUCUACCGCGAUGGCAAGGUCAACAAGGUGCCCAGCACGGAGAUGGAGGCACUGCGCAGCCCCCUCAUGGGCUUGUUCGAGAAACGUCGUGCGAGGAACUUCUUUGUUUAUGUUCAGAAUUGGAGGGAGGACGACCCGGCCACACAUCAAGGCCUGGAUCUUAAGAAAGUCCCCAUGAAGGAUGUGUAUGCCAAGUUCGGCCUCGAGCCCGGAACACAGGACUUCAUUGGCCAUGCGAUGGCGCUCUACCUACAUGAUGAGUACAAGGAGCAGCCCGCAAAGGAGACCGUGUUGCGGAUCGUACAGUACUCACAGUCCAUGGCAAGAUACGGCAAGUCACCGUACAUCUACCCCAUGUAUGGCCUCGGCGAGCUCCCUCAGGCGUUCUCUCGCCUCUCUGCCGUAUACGGAGGCACGUACAUGCUCGACAAGCACGUGGAUGAGGUGCUCACAGACCCGGCGACGGGCAAGUUCAUCGGCGUGCGCUCGGGUGAGGAGACAGUCAAGGCGAAGCUCGUAAUCGGCGACCCGAGCUAUUUCGGUGCCGGGGAGAUGAAAGAGGGACAAAAAGUCCGUGUCAUGGAGGAGGGAAUGGUUGUUCGCGCGAUUUGUAUCCUCAAGCACCCGAUCCCUGGCACGGAGGACGUCGACAGCUUGCAGAUUAUCAUCCCGCAGAACCAGGUGAACCGGCAAAACGAUAUCUACAUCGCCUUGCUCUCCCACCACCAGGGUGUCUGCGCCCAAGGCGUCUACGUCGCUAUCGUCUCCACCGUAGUAGAGACGUCCGUGCCCGAGAAAGAACUUGCGCCAGGACUCGCCCUCCUCGGCCCUAUCUUCGACAAGUUUGUCCAGGUCUCCCCGCUCUAUACGCCCACCACCACCGGCGUCGAGGACCAGAUCUUCAUCACCCGGUCUUACGACGCCACGAGCCACCUCGAGACUGUCGUCGCCGAUGUGAGGGAUGUUUGGCAGCGCGUGACUGGUGAGCCUCUCAAGUUGGAGAAGAAGGUUGUCGAGGUACAGGAAUAGGUACUGGGGUGAAUGCGAGGAAUAGAAACGAGCACGGAUUACGAGUUACUCAGCUUUGCAUGAGAAUGGAAAUUCAUUU